GCUGCGAGCGAGGAGCAAUUUAUUGUGACUUCCAUCAGGUCGAAAUGAAACGCGGCCAAGCAGAAGCGACAAGGACGCUGAAAUAACUCAAAGGAGGACGAUAAAGCUCAUCUGAGAUGCUCGACCAGAUAUUUCUCAGCAAGGGAUUUGCGUUUCAGUGCACUUGUCUCGCUCUAUUCUUGCAACGAAAAAGAUAGUUUGGCACUGAACUAAGUCGAAACAGAUGCAACGGUUUUAUGUGCUGCGCAUACAGAGAGUGGUUCACAGGAUUACCAGUGUCAGUGUAUGACACUGUGCAGCAGUGACAUCCUCAUCUGAGAAGCACGGGGGAGAGAGCUUCUCCCACAGACUUCAGGACUUCAUAAACUGUCUGUAUAAGAUCAUAUGAGUGCAGCUUUCAGUACACCGUUCAUGAUGAUGCAGCGUCCGGUGGGAAGCACCACUGCGUUCAGCAUUGACUCGCUCAUCGGAGGUCCACCGCAGCCCAGUCCGGGACAUUUCGUGUACACGGGCUAUCCCAUGUUUAUGCCCUAUCGGUCAGUGGUGCUACCUCCGCCUCCUCCACCACCUCCUCCAACUCUUCCUCAGAGCGGUCUCCCCGCGACCCAUCCGCACCACCCGAUCCCGGGCUUACCCAGCGGCUUCUGCUCCAGCCUGGCGCAGGGCAUGGCGCUCACAUCCACGCUGAUGGCCACGUUACCCGGCGGCUUCUCCACCUCGCCAUCCCAGCAGCACCAGGACGCGGCGAGGAAGCUCGGCUCUCAGUGUAUUCACUCCAUGUUCGAUAAAUCUCAGGAUAUUCGUUUGGAUGGAGAGAAUGGGAAAACGUUUCCAACGAAAGAUUCAGCGACCCUUCCGUCAUUUCACGACUCGCAGUCCGUGCACACCUCUACAGUGCGAGGUCACAACAAAGACGACACGAAGGAGGAUGAGUGUCACAGGAAAGACGAAAGCUUCUCCAUGGACAGUGAUUUAGAUUACAGCUCCGAUGAUAACGGGCCCGGUAACGCCAUGUGUCAGAAGGAAGAUGGAGACGCCAACGGAGGACUGGACGAUGGCGUCCACGGCGGGAAUGGGGCCGGGAACACCACGUCCACCGGCAAAAAUCUAGUCGUGGUUUGA